CGUUGUCUUCGUAAUGGCUGCAACCCAUCAUACACGAAGAUGAUAACCUGUUUACAAGUAUGAUUGCGAGAUACUUUGCCACGUUCGUUAGUGUUCCCAUUUAUUUACUACUUUUCUGCAUCCUGCCACCUACUAGCAGAGGCACCGCCCCAAACCUACCAUGGUACGAAGACCUUCCAGCUGUUGCCAUGGACUACAAAGUGCACGUAGACCCCGGCAAAGAAGAUUGUUAUUAUCAAUAUGUUAAUCCGGGGGCCACCUUUUACGCCAGCUAUCAAGUCAUUCGAGGGGGCGAUGGAAUGGCAGGUUUCGCGAUAAGACACCCCUCGGGGCAAAUUGUACACCCUUACCAAUGGAAACCGAAUGGAGAGUACCAGGAGCAAAGUUCCGUAGGCGGUUACUAUUCUGUCUGUCUUGACAAUCAAUUCUCGCGCUUCGCAAGUAAGCUAGUCAAUCUUUACCUAACGGUUGUAAGAUAUGAUUUGUGGGACAAGUACGCCAAAGAGGUCGAGCAAAUUAAUAUGAAUAUGGAUAAUUUUACGACGGGGCUUAAAACUGUCGAGCGCAACAUAAACGACAUGCUAAUGUACCAGCAUCACACGAGAGCGAAAGAGUCGCGUGAUUUCAGUUUGAUUAACGAUAACAACUCGUACGUCUUAAGAUGGUCCUUUAUACAAAUUGUGGUUAUAAUUAGUACCACCGCUUUGCAAGUGUUUUUCGUGCGGAAGUUAUUCGAAAAUAAAUCGGGAAGUAGUAGGUCACGCAUCUAAAUGUUACCUCAAUUCGAUGGUCUCAAGUGAUAAUUGUAAAAGACAAACGAAAUUUUUUUUACUAUUUUAUAUUAUGUUGUAGGCAGUUUGUGGAUUCGACGUUCCUCAAAAGUCAAGUAACGGUAGUAGGUAUAUAAACUUUGUAAAAAAUAUAAUAAACAAAUUUUUU